AGGCUCAGAGUGGAUGCGACCUGCUGGGCCAAAAAUUCCACCCUAUCAGUUGGGGGAAGACAUUGAGAACUAUUUAUUGCGUUUUGAGCGGGUUGCCAAAACCUGGAGAUGGCCAGAGAGUGAAUGGGCCUGUCGUCUGGUUCCACUGCUAUCGGGGAAGGCGUUGGAGGCCUACACUGCAAUGGAUGAAGAAAGAGCCCAUCAUUAUGAAGGUUUAAAAGCUGCGUUGCUAACCAAAUUUGACAUUUCCCCUGAGACGUAUCGGCAGAAGUUCCGGUCCAAUACAGUUCCACCUGGGGAGAGCCCCACUGAGACCUACUAUCGCCUGAAGGGCCUCUAUCGGCGCUGGAUUCGACCAGAGCAGCAUACUAAAGAAGAGAUGGGAGAAGCUAUCAUCUUGGAGCAGUUAAUCCGGGUACUUCCAGGGGAGGUGAGGACCUGGGUGAGGGAGCAUGAGCCAGCAGAUGGACUGACCGCUGCUACACUGACGGUGUAG